AUGCCAUCAAUUAGCGAUGAACUUUUAUGUCGUUGCGAUCGCGCAAGUUUGGCUAGGGAAGAAGAAAAUAAACAACAGUGCCCUUGCCGUAAUAAAGGAAAUGGUUGGGGAGAAUCUGAGGGAGGAUAUUUCCCUGUCUAUCGUGGAGAAGAAAGAAGUUCAGAUUUGUAUCCUAGAGCACUCAGCCCAUCUGUUAUUCAUUCUGCUUGCCAUCCGGUUAAUUUUCUUGAAUUUUUGAUUAAUAUUUUGUAAAAGAAAUAUUCUUCCUAGAGGUUUUAUGUUCUUAUCAUUAAGGAAUCGUGAGAUCAGAUCCUGGACUCAACAAGAUCAAGAUCUCUUAGACCCAUCCCCAUGCAACUUCACUUCUCGCUUCUUCCUUCCCUCACCCCUCCUUAUAAUUUACCUUCAUUUAACUGGAAUAGGUCUCUCGGUCUUGAGGUUUGGGAAGUCUCUGAGGUUUGGAAAGUAUCUUCA